AUGUUCAUGGACAUGCUUUACCAAUUUGCAUUCUACGCACCCCUUCUAGUGGUGUGUGCUGAAAGGCAAUCAGUUGCAUAUGAACAAGUGAAAGUUCCAAAGAAGCCCGACGUUGAUUGCACGAUAAAAAUCAGGAAAUUCUUCGCUACUCUUAUCAAAUAUUACAGUAAAUUCAUUGCUUCGUUAUGGGCUGAACUGAUGUUCGUCGGAGUGAUGAUAGCGUAUUUGUACAUCUCGAUCUGCGGUAUCAAAGCGUUACGCACUGAUAUGGACGGUUCAAUGUUGUUGCCGAGUGAUUCGCAGAGUAACGAAGGGAUCCGCAUCAUGAAUGAAGUGAUUUGGCCAGAUUAUUUGGGCAUCAACUAUGUCAUCAGAAAUCCACCAGAUUUCUCGGAUCCACUUGAGUACAGGAAAUUCGCACGAAUGAUUAAUCGAAUAGAGACAAUGAACAACACAAUCGAUGCGGGUGCGAAUAUGAUCUGGAUUAGGGAUUACUUGCGCUAUUUGGCAAAUCCGAGUGCAUCAAAGCUAGAUAUCUUAUUUGGUUGGAUGGGACCGGAUGGGAAUCGAGAUGAACCUAAUGAAAAAGGUUCUUCUUCUUUCAUUUAUCGCUUAUUUGUUGUGUUUAUUAUUCUAAUUUCAUGUAACUGCAUUUAG